AUGAGUCUUCACAUACUCGUUGCAUUUUUGUCAACUCCCUUCUUUGCCCACCUACAACCGGAUUACGAGGACACAAUAGAAGUUCACGGCCCAGGAACGUCGUUUUCAUUGCGUUUACCGCCUGGCAUCAAGGAGUGUUUUUAUCAACGCGUCGAACAAGACCAGACUCUAGACGUCGAAUUCCAAGUAACGAAAGGAGGUAAUCUUGACAUCGACUAUUUUGUUAGAAAUCCAAGGAGGAAGAUAAUAUUGAUGAUGUCCCGGAUUACGAACUCUUGGGAUUACAACCAGUUUAGUCAGGUGUCAAGUAAACAGAUGUUUCUGUCGAUUGGUGUGGCAUCAACAAUGGAGGAAGGGGCUGGUAUGGAACUGGCUGAGAACGAACCAAAUGAAUUUGUUAAAAUUUCAGAAGCACUUGACAAGAUCGAGGUAGCAUUGUACCGUGCUGAACACACACAGAUGUUACUCGUUGCUCACGAGAGUAGAGACGUUUUUCUGGUAGAGAGUAACAAUGUAAUGGUUCCAUUCUGGACCGUCAUUAAAUCGUUAGUAAUUUUUCUAGCGACAUGUAUUGAGUUUGUGCGUGCUCAACACAAAGCAUCACAGACUGCCAUAAACCAAUCUUGCCUUCAUGUGUAUGGCAGUUUGCACAGACGUGAAAAUUUUAAUUCUUGUGAUCACUACUCUAGGGUAGAACUAUGGGACCAGUCAUUGGCACAGGGUAGAGUAGGAGCUUGUGUUUUGUAA